AUAAAAACUACACUACCCAUGAGUACGAUGUUUAGGCAGGAAGCGAUGGAGGGCGGGACUCGCAAUACUUGCCGGAAGUUUUACUACACGCUUGUGGUCUGUGAUAGAGAGCUUGGCCUUUUGUCUUUUCCGUAAUCAUGUCCUCCGAGAGCACUUUGGACGAUGGCGACACUUUUAAUAUCCUGAUUGCUACAGAUAUCCACCUUGGUUACCUCGAGAAAGACGCCGUCCGAGGCCGGGACUCCUACAUCACAUUUGACGAGAUCCUAAAAUGUGCUCAGACAAAUCAGGUGGAUUUCAUCCUGCUUGGCGGCGAUUUGUUUCACGAGAACAAGCCUACUCGUCGCUGCCUCCACUCCUGCAUCACCAUGCUCAGGAAAUACUGCAUGGGAGACUCGCCUAUACAAUUCAACAUACUGAGUGACCAGACAGUUAACUUUAACACCACCCAGUUCCCGUGGGUUAAUUACCAGGAUGAAAACCUCAACAUCUCCAUUCCUGUGUUCAGCAUUCAUGGUAACCACGACGACCCAACAGGGGCUGAAGGUUUGUGCGCACUGGAUCUGCUCAGUGCCUCCGGUCUGGUAAACCACUUUGGUCACUCCAAUUCCGUGGAGAAGAUUGAGAUCAGUCCCAUACUUUUGCAGAAAGGCAACAGCAAGCUGGCCCUAUAUGGCCUCGGAUCCAUCCCAGAUGAGCGCCUCUACAGGAUGUUUGUCAACAAUCAAGUGACGAUGCUCCGUCCGAAGGAAGACCAAGAUGAGUGGUUUAACCUGUUUGCCAUUCACCAGAACAGGAGUAAGCACGGCCCCACAAACUACAUCCCCGAGCAGUUCCUGGAUGAAUUUCUCGACCUAGUGGUGUGGGGUCACGAGCAUGAGUGCCUGAUUGCGCCGGCCAGAAAUGAACAGCAGCUCUUCUACGUGACACAGCCUGGCAGCUCUGUAGCUACCUCGCUCUCUCCUGGAGAGGCUACCAAAAAGCACAUAGGGUUGCUGAAGGUGAAAGGUCGGAAAAUGAACAUGCAGAAGAUCCCCCUGAAAACGGUGCGUCAGUUCUUCAUCCAAGAUGUGGUGCUUUGUGACUACCAGGAUGUGUUCACAGUGGAUACACCGAAUGUCACCAAGAAGAUUGAGAACCUUUGUCACGCCAAGGUCAACGAGAUGCUAGAAGAAGCCGAAAGGGAGCGGCUGGGCUGUCCGCUCACCCCAGAGAAGCCGCUAAUCCGCCUCAGGGUAGACUACACCGGAGGAUUCGAGACUUUCAACACUUCCCGCUUCAGUCAGAAAUAUGUGGACCGUGUGGCCAACCCAAAAGACAUUAUUCACUUUCUCCGAUGCCGCGAGAAAAAGGAGCAAGUAAAAGAUGAAAACUAUGUUGACUACAGCAAAGCGAUAAAAACGUCUGCAGUUGAGGGCCUGAGAGUUGAGGACCUGGUCAAACAGUACUUUGAAGUGGCCGAGCAGAAGGUGCAACUGUCCCUCCUGACCGAGCAGGGCAUGGGCAAAGCCAUUCAGGAGUUUGUAGACAAAGACGAGAAGGACGCCAUCGAGGAGUUGAUUACCUACCAGCUAGAAAAGACGCAGCGCUACCUUCAGGGUCGAAGUGUCGGCACAGAACAAGAAAUAGACGCGGAAAUCCGACAAAUCCGAGAGACUAAAAGGAACACGGCGGAAGAAGCAAAUGAAAUCAAAGAGGCAAUCGACAGAGCCAAAGCUCACCGCUUGGCGAGAGGAGGGGACGACAUGGACGUGAACAUGUCAGAUGAGCUGAGUGACAUGGACGCCGAGCAAGAACCUACCACCGCCAGAGGUAGAGGAGGCAGAGGGCGGGGAGGACGAGGACGGGGGAGAGGUGCUAAAGCUUCUGAGCCUAAAUCAUCCGGACGGGGCGCUUCCAGGAAAUCCUCAGUGACAACCCAAAGUAAAAGCAUCAUGCAAGCAUUUAAAGCUUCCUCCCAGAGACCAUCUAGGAACUCAUCGUCCAUAUCCUAUGCAGAAGAUAGUAUAUCUAUUGACGACUCUGAUGAUGAGACACCUGCAACAAAAGCGCCAAAAGCCAGACCAUCGUCCUCGUCGUCCUCGUCUUUCUUGCGGCACAGCUCUCAGAGCCAGAGUCAGAAAUCCAAAGGAAUCGAAUUUGAUGACAGUGAUGAUGAGGAUGAUCCAUUUAAAGGCCCCAGCCGCCUUGCAAGGAGAUAACUUCCUCUCAAAAGCCGAUGUUCUUUGUUUUGAUUCAGCCUCCAAAAUAACCAUAAGUGCUAUUUAGUGAAAGGGCGUUGUUGUUUUGGUGGGUUUCUCUGCAACUAACACGAUUUGGAUCAUUUGAUAAGAUAUUCUGUAAUUAAAAUGUUUCAUAUAAAA